AUGCCCCCUCCUACCGGCCGUCCCAGUUCGGUGGGACGGCUGCUCAAGGCUGGCAAGAAGCCGAGCAGGAGCAAGGCAAGGACGGGGACGCGGGUACCAGCACCGGGCCCAGACAGGGCAGAGGCCGAAAGCGAGGCUUCUGACGAAGAAGAGGAAAUCCAUCAGUUUUUGAUGGGCGAUGUCUUCAACCUCAUAGACAAGGGAAACCGUAAAUUUUGGGAUGCUAAGCUCAAGGGGAGGAGCAGGGGGAAGGGGGUCAAGGGUCCUAAACCAAAGACGGCUGCAGAAAUGACGCCGCAGGCGGAAAAAAUGCUACAAGACGCUACCGAACUCUACCUCUCCAACAAAAUAGACCAGGCCGUCGCGGCACUCAAGGAGCUGGUGAAGCAGGCCCCGGGUCUGCAUGACCCCUUCCACAUCCUCGGCGUGAUUUACGAGCAGGAAUACAAGGACCUGCCUAGCGCUUGUGCCUACUACCUGCUGGCCGCGCACCUGGCGCCUGACGACGUUGAGCUGUGGAAGCAGAUCAGCGAGAUGUCAAUGUCACUGGGUAAUAUAGAUCAGGCGGUUUACUGUCUUAAAAAAUGUCUAAAGAACUCUAGGGGUAAGUUUGACGAGGAAGCAUUGUAUGAGCUAUCUAUGAUUUAUCUUAAUUCGGGUAAGUACAAGGAAGCAUCAACCCACUUAACCCGGCUCUUCAGCCUCCGCCCCGAGGAUUACGCGGUUACUGAUAGUUUUGCCAGGUGUAGAAGGCUCAUGGGCGACGACAGGAUGAUGUGUGAUAUCCUGGAGGCCCACGUCUCUAGCUAUGCCUCAGCCGCCCCAUUGGCGGAGGAAAAUGCCGAGUCCCUGAAGCACGUGCCCCAUAAGGCCGCCAUUAGUCCCUGUGUAGAUGCCCUUGAUGCACUAGCUACUGCUAGGCUCAGUGUGGGUGAUUUUCGUCCAGUUUCUGGGGCGCCAAUGCGAGGCGCCCCAGCAGUUAAAUCAUUUAUAUGUCGUUCCUACACCACACCAUUUGUCGCAUUUGGUAGGGAAAUCGACGAGGCGCUAGAUGAGGUACCUAUUGCGGAGCGUUAUGCCCUCACUUUAGCAUUUGGUUCCGUCUAUGCAUACCGCGGAAACUCAGAGUGCGCAGGGGUCUACUACCUGAAGGCCCUGAAACUGGCCCGUGAAAAACUACCUUCCGGAGGGCCCCCGUUGAUGUACAGCAGAGAUGCUUUGGAAAUUUCAAGAACCCUUGUCUCCCUGGAUAACGUUGACGGGGCUAUCGAAGCGCUGAGGAUAGGAAUCCGGGCGCCCGAUGACCUUUUGGAGACGCUAAAAAGUGGAGAUAAUUGGAAGGCAGCUCUGCGGCUAAACUACCUCUUUGACACGCAGGAGCAACCAAAAUCCUUUGCUGUGACCACCCGGCUAGAACUUUUCAACUUACUGAGUGACUUGGGUAGGUUCAGCGAGGCGGACAUGCUACUCUCAUCGCUAACUAGUGAUGAUUUGGGUCGUACAACUGCACCGGCCCCACCAAUAACCACGGCCGACAGACAAUCCCUGCUAACCUGUCUGGCCGACCUCUCUCACUCUAUCUCUAGGGCCCUGCUCAAGGACCCCCGCUUCAGGUCGCCUCCGUGCCUAGCCUGCCGUGGCGCCCAGCCCUGCGUAGGCGCUUCUGCAUACACUGACUCAGACGCCACGGCCCUUCUAGAUAACUUGCUCUCCCUGCUUAGCGACUGUGAGCAGGACACCCUUCGCAUACGCUCCCACAUGCGCGUCCAGCCACAGCCGGCCAGGCCCGUGGCUGAGGCUUGUUCCGUCGGGCUUGGCGUGGACGGGGUGCAAAAGAGCCUACUACUUCCUUUAAAGGGCGCAUCUGGCAUUGGGGAAUCCCCGCGUACACAGAAGGGUUCUUCUUACAUGCGGGUGAAGAAGCACCUGGACCUGAUAUCGCCGGAGGAUAUCUUAGGCUGGGACGGUUAUUAUAAGCUGCUUGAAAAUGCCGCCAUAGUCCUGUGUUCUCUCCGAGUUGGGCUGUCUCACUCUAGCGGGGGUAAAUCGGGUUAUUUGGGGCAAUUUAUAGAAUUGCUGGAAACUAUUUCACGAAACCGCAAGCAAUAUAAGUUCGUCAUCCAGGAUUCUGAGAAGCGUUUAUUCAAAACCCGUAUUGAUAAGCUUUCCCGUGCCAUCUCGGCCUUCUUUGGAAUACAUAAAAUGGCUUUGGGGUAUAUCAAGAGUGAAUUCGCAUCGCCCACUGGAGACUUACAUCCGUUACGUACUCUUGGAAGAAUACUAGCCUCGGGCCGUGUCUCUGCAUCUGCCGCUAUUUCCCUUUCAUCGUGUCCAGAAAGGGACACCCUCCUGGAGAUUAAGACUUGGGCGGUUCGGCACCUCAUAAACAGCCCCAAUGACCUUGACCUGGCGAUGUUGGUGGCCCAUUUUUGUAGCCUCUCGGGGCGAUGGCAGUUUGCCAUUGCAGAGUAUACACACGCACUUUCGAUCUCUCAGGACAACCCCCUAGCGCACCUCUGCCUGGCUGCCGCCCACCUAGGUUCUGUGGCGAGUAAAACCACCAGGAGCGUGGAUGAGUCCAUCCUGCAGUGCUUUGCACACUUGGACCGUUACAAACAGUUGCGCGCUGGCAGCGUUUCUUGCGACGCGUUGAAGCGGCUCAUGCGUGCGGAGGCGUCAUAUAAUUUCGCCAGGGCGUACCACCAUUUGGGGUUGCUGCAUUUGGCCUUACCUCUUUAUCACUCGUGUCUGGAGGAUAUGGAGCUGCUGUGCGGCUUCCAUGUCCCUUUAUCUUGGAUUUGCCCCUGUUUCCUUUGUGAGCAGGACCUGCGUCUUUCCGACGACGCGCAGGCGCGUUGUACCCUCGACCACGGGGUUGCGGAGCGGGACUACCUGGACGAGCUCUCUAGGUCUUGUGCCCAUAACCUCCGCCUUUUGUACCUUUCUCAGCAGAGCCACGGCAUGGCUGCCCUGGUGGGUGCGAAGUACUUGCGGUGGGACUGA